CGGAAUCAGGCGAGCAGAAGGGAGGUAGAUCCAGCGCAACAAGCAGGGCAAGUGUUAGAGGCUGGUCUGAAAAGAUACCACCUGGUUAAAAAAUUGGGUAGAAUAACUGAACAAAUCAGUGUCAAAGAUGGAGCAGCCACCUCGGCCAACAACAUUUGACUUCCAUGGAGUCUGCAUGACGGAAAUUGUUACCGGCAACUGGGAUAAUGUACAGGACUUUAAAGCGAGACCGGAUGAUGUUCUUAUAGUCACUUAUCCUAAAGCAGGAACCACGUGGGUCUCUUAUAUCCUCGAUCUUCUGUACUUUGGGACCGUGGAUCCAGACCGUCAGACAUCCAUCCCUAUUAACAAGAGAGUGCCCUUCCUGGAGAUGGCCAAACGCACUUUACCCACAGGCACAGAGACAUUAAACCAGCUCACCACAACUCCUCGUCUCAUUAAAAGCCACCUACCAGUCCAGUUUGUUCCAAAGUCUUUCUGGGAGCAGCGCUGCAAGAUAGUGUAUGUGGCCCGUAAUGCAAAGGACUGUGCAGUGUCCUAUUUCCACUUUGGCCGCAUGAACAAGAGCCAGCCGGACCCAGGAGACUGGAACAGCUACCUAGAGAAAUAUAUGGAGGGACAGGUGAUCUAUGGAUCGUGGUUUGACCAUGUGAUCAACUGGUGGGACAAGAAGCAGACUUGUUCAAACAUUCACUACAUGUCCUACGAAGAUUUGAGUCAGGACUUAGGACGAGAAGUGGACCGACUGUGCGCCUUUCUUGGUUUGUCUCCUUCAGCUGAAGAAAAGGAAAAUUUAAAAGCUGCAGUGAAGUUUGACAACAUGAAAGAAAACAAAAUGGUCAACUAUUCCACCGUCCCAUCGAUGGACCAGAAGGUGUCGCCCUUCAUGAGAAAAGGAAAAGUUGCUGACUGGAAGAACCAUUUCACUGUGUCCCAGAAUGAAAAGUUUGAUGAGGUCUACAAGCAGAAAAUGAAGAACUGUACACUGAAGAUUUGCUCUGAGAUUUAAUGACUGGGUAUGAUGGAGUCUUGAGCUGUUGUGUGAUUAAAAAAAAAACAAAAAAAACUACAAAUUAGAUGGUUUGGGAUCGUAAAUAAAAUCUCUUGACAGGUAUUUUCUUUGGUUAUCAUUUAUUUGUAUCUUAAUCUUCUGUUAAUGAUUAGUUGAUUAUAUUUGUAAUAAUUUUCAACAUCUAUCUAUCUAUCUAUCUAUCUAUCUAUCUAUCUAUCUAUCUAUCUAUCUAUCUAUCUAUCUAUCUAUCUAUCUAUCUAUCUAUCUAUCUAUGACACUAGUCUGAGGGGGCACCAUUGCUGCAUCCUGGGUUUUGCACCAUUCAAAGUAAUUGGGAUUGGUUUAAAGGAAUACAAUUAUAAUCAUUGACAAAAACUUGAUUGAGACCAAUGGUUCACUGUCGUUAAAUCUUACUGUACUGUGUUUGGGCAUUUUUAUUGUGUUACUCUGUUUGUGGAAAUGAUUUGUUUAGAAGUGUAGUUACUACAGUUACAAUUGUUCUGAAAGAUCACAAGCGGACCUGGGAUGUGUGGGAAUUUCUGCCUCUGCUGCUGUGAACAACUGGCCAAAGGGUCACUCUGGCUCCGUUGAUGGCCUUAUACAAAAACCACAAACAUGCCACUUAGAAAUGAACAGUUGCUCCUCAUCUGACACAACCAUGGCCAUGAAGACGUGUGGAAUCUCUGGACUCUUGUCCAGGAGAAGAUAUUCAUGAUGUGGAUGAGAAUUUGUGGCACAACAGACAGGAACAUCAGGAGGUGUAGGAAGGUUGCACUAUAAUUCCUACAGCACUGCAUGUACAGUUUUCCCUAACGAGAUUGUCUUAUGUUCACAUUUCUACUUUCGUUUUUUUCUUUGUGCUAUGCUGUUUUCCUUUCUGUAUCGCAAUAAUGUGGUCUGUCAACAAAUUAAAAUACAAACAGUAAAAGCGUAAA